CUCCUCCUCCUCAGCUGCUGCUGCACAUCACUCCCUGCUCCUCUUCCUCCCAGAACAGAGCAUCUCCCCCCCCGGCUGCUGAGCUGAGGAGAGAUCCAGCCGGGUGACUGGGGCGGAGGAGAGAUCCAGCCGGGUGACUGGGGCGGAGGAGAGAUCCAGCCGGGUGACUGGGGCGGAGGAGAGAUCCAGCCUGGAAGCCGGGUGACCGGGGCGGAGGAGAGAUCCAGCCUGGAAGCCGGGUGACUGGGGCGGAGGAGAGAUCCAGCCUGGAAGCCGGGUGACUGGGGCGGAGGAGAGAUCCAGCCUGGAAGCCAGGUGACCGGGGCGGAGGAGAGAUCCAGCCUGGAAGCCGGGUGACUGGGGCGGAGGAGAGAUCCAGCCUGGAAGCCAGGUGACCGGGGCGGAGGAGAGAUCCAGCCUGGAAGCCAGGUGACCGGGGCGGUGGAGAGAUCCAGCCUGGAAGCCGGGUGACUGGGGCGGAGGAGAGAUCCAGCCUGGAAGCCGGGUGACUGGGGCGGAGGAGAGAUCCAGCCUGGAAGCCGGGUGACUGGGGCGGAGGAGAGAUCCAGCCUGGAAGCCAGGUGACCGGGGCGGAGGAGAGAUCCAGCCUGGAAGCCAGGUGACCGGGGCGGAGGAGAGAUCCAGCCUGGAAGCCGGGUGACUGGGGCGGAGGAGAGAUCCAGCCUGGAAGCCAGGUGACCGGGGCGGAGGAGAGAUCCAGCCUGGAAGCCAGGUGACCGGGGCGGUGGAGAGAUCCAGCCUGGAAGCCGGGUGACUGGGGCGGAGGAGAGAUCCAGCCUGGAAGCCGGGUGACUGGGGCGGAGGAGAGAUCCAGCCUGGAAGCCGGGUGACUGGGGCGGAGGAGAGAUCCAGCCGGGUGACCGGGGUGCAGGAGAGAUCCAGCCUGGAAGCCGGGUGCCUGGGGCGGUGGAGAGAUCCAGCCUGGAAGCAGGUGACCGGGGCUAUGGAGGCACGGCAGAGUAAGCAGCACAGUGACUCCUGGGGUCAGUCUGACACUAGUCAUCUCCCAGAAGACGUCUUGCUGAAGAUCCUGACGUUCGUCCCUGCCCCUGACCUCAUCCACCGCUGCAGACUGGUCUGUACCCUAUGGCGGGACAUUGUAGACUCCCCAACUCUAUGGACAGUAAAGUGUCAGCGAAUGGGCUACAUCACAAAGAGCUGCAGGAAGCUCCCCGCAGACCGGAAACACUUUUACUACUUAUCCAGCCUGAAACGGAACUUGCUUAAAAAUCCACGUGCACUGGAGGGUUUCCAGUCCUGGGUCAUAGAGUCAGAUGGAGGCGACAAAUGGGCGGUGGAGGAUCUGGCGGACGAGUCUGAAACACGUCUUGCGGGCGAGAAAGUCACCAAAUACUUUGUUACAUCCUUCCGCACUUGUUUAAAGUCUCAGCUGAUUAACCUCAGGAGAGCAGGAUACGGGAGACACUUAAUGGACCAUGUACAACCAGACAUUGUGAUCAGAGACUGGUACGCGGCUCGGACGGAUUGCGGCUGUCAGUAUGAGGUUCUGGUCCAGCUGCAGUCAGGGAAGAGGAGACUCAUACAGGAGUAUAAACCAGAGAAAGUGAUCAUACCGGAGGAACGCCUGGAUGCAGAUGACACACACCUUUCGGAACUACGGUCCAGGAGUGCGAUAUAUUUAUUUUCAACAUGGAGGAAAAGACACAAAGUUCUGGGCCGGCUGGUACGGGGUUCGAGUGACCAAUACCAGCGUCACGGUAGAGCCGGAGGAUCUCUGCACCUAAUCCCUGCACCGCACACAAAAUGAAUGUGUCCGUAUAAUGGCAUGAUGGUUCCUGUGUGUGUCACUGCAAUGGCUGUAUAGUUUCCUAUCUCCUGGCGUUACCACGCUCAUCAUUGCCCCAAGCCCAGUUCCACGUAUUCCUACCGCUAUAGCGAGCGAUACUUACAGCACUUAUUAUUAAUGCAGGGGGAGAAACGCGUCGGUGAUGUAUCUGGGUUGCAGAUCUCAGUAGGUAGCACUGGGUAGGUCAGACGUAAGGAAACAAAUUACUGUAUGCAUUACUUCCAUCAUCCUAAUCAUUGUCUGCUUACUCUGUGGUGGUCUCUGGUUCAGCAACCACUGAGGUGUCCUGGAGGAGGAGGGCUGGAGCAAUACGGUAUAUACCUCCCAGUGUGGAAGGAAAGGUCAUAUACUCUGGGAUGUGAGAUGAAGUGUCCCCGGGAGUGUGACGCUUACAGUCCACUUCCAGUAAUUCCUAUCAAAGUGUUUUCUAUUGGCGGCAUAUCCAGAUCCGUGAGUCCGGCAGCAGCCACAGUAGCUGGGUGUGGUUAUGACAAGGUCUGAUUGGAUGAUGUAACGUGUCUAACGCCUUACAUAGGUGAAAGCUGCCGCUGACUUUAUCCACCCUUGGAAAUACCCAUAAAAUUUUGGCAGUUAAAUUUUAUAUAUAUAUAUAUAUAUAUAUAUAUAUAUAUAUAUACACAUACAUACAUAGUGGGAGUUUAGAAAGUGCCUCCUCAGUGACUGUGUGCUAAGUUAUACUGGUUUCUGUAAUAAUCAAUGAUAUAUAUAUUUAAUUAUCUUUUUAUUACUGUUAAUAAACUAACGUUAUGGAAAAUAUUGUAAUUAAUAGAAAUUGUUGUAAUGAGUUUUCACUCAGAUAAUGGCAUCUAUCUGGGGCGUCAGUUCCCCAGCGCUGAUGCAGGACACAGGCCUAGCCCCUUACUCCGACAACCCACGCUGCCAACCAUCGUCAUCGGAUGCGGUGUCUGCGGUCGUUGCACUCGGAUGGCGGAUGCUGGCAUUAUGCAGCUUCUUUCCUAUAGGCGCCUCCUGCAUUAUUACACAGCGGUGUGUUCCGCGCCCAUCUCUGGACCAGGACUAUAGUUCUAUGUGAGGAAGAAGCCUCUGUAGGUUACACCGUCCUCAUGACACACACAUUGUGGGUUACUGAUCUCUUUAUGGGUGGUUCCCAGCGAGCAAACGUCACCCUCCAAACACCGGCAAGUACAAGCGGCGAAUCUGCAAGACUGACGCGUUUCACAUACCGGUGCAUUGUACUUGUAUUUGGGAGACCUCUAGAUUCCAGGUUACCGGAGCAUUCAGAGAAGCACACUGAUGCCGCAACGCUUCCCAAUGUGACAUCACCAGUGGGUUCCGUCUCAUCAGCAACAGUGGCUUCCGCGUUCAUGCAUGUUACUAGUACUGGAAAUGAGGCCUCAGGGUUUGUGGCUCUUCUGUCAGCAGAGCUUUACUAUAUAAAGAAAAGAACACUCUGCGCUAUUUGGAAACCUUCCAGACUCCAAAUAAAGUGAAUUCUUAUGUAUACAUAAAACACCCUUUUAUUCCAGAUUAAAGUAAUCACAUAAAUCUCCAAGGAAAGGUCACAAGCCUGAGAUCGAGUCCAUAUGUCUAAAAUAAAAUGAUUAUUGUUGUUAUUUU